GCCGUGGUUUGACCUUCCAAGUGCGGCCUGGUUUGUCGCUUUCAGCCCUGUCCGCCGGGGAGACGGGGACCUUGAGGGACGUUUUAAAAUAUAAAUCACUUUAAUGGUUAGGUUCUGUAGUUUGUACUUAAAAGAUUGAAAAGAAAUUAACAGGAGGAUGCCGGGUACGGUGGAAAUACCAACUCUAGACGAACUGAACGUUCAGGAGGUCAAUGUAUCUUCAGCAGUGCUGAAGGCGGCUGCUCACCACUAUGGCUCUCAGUGCGACAAGGCUAACAAGGAGUUUAUGCUCUGCCGCUGGGAGGAAAAAGACCCAAGGAAAUGCUUGAAGGAGGGAAGCAAGGUCAACGAGUGUGCUCUGCAGUUCUUCAGGCAGAUAAAGAGUAAUUGUGCCGAGUCCUUUACAGAAUAUUGGACCUGUUUGGAUUACUCCAAUCUGGCCGCGCUCCGCCACUGUCGCAAACAGCAGCAUGCGUUUGACAGCUGUGUUCUGGAGAAGCUGGGGUGGGAGAGACCUGACCUCGGACAGCUCUCCAAGGUCACCAAGGUACAGACCAGCAGGCCUUUGCCUGAAAAUCCAUACCAUUCAAGACCAAGACCUGAGCCCAAUCCUGCCAUUGAGGGAGAGCUCCAGCCAUCCAAAUAUGGCAGCAGGCUUUUCUUCUGGAACUGGUGAAGAGUCAUCUCUCCUUGCCAACCUGUAAGAACUCAUGUCUUGCCACACUAGGCUACGACAUAUUAAACACAGCUUGUAAUGUACAAUAUAGUUUUUUUUUUCCUGGUUACUUUAUGUGAAAAAAACCUCUCCUAAAAAUAAAGAAGUUUAAUUUAAACUGA